AUGAGCUCCAACACGGUAGAGCUCUUGUACGCUAAGAGCAAGGCGUACCUCCACCCUUCAACGUCCAACAAGGACAAUGUGGCUGGGUUUUUGACGCUCUCAAGGCCCAACGGGCCCUCUACAAAUAAGGACAUUUUGCUCAGUUACACGCCAGAAAACAUGCUUUCUGCAGAGGAGUUGAAGCUCUACAAUGAGGUGGACAUGGCCGAGUGCUUGGUCGACAGCAUGGGCAAAUUGCUGCUUGAAGCGGGACCAUCGGGUUUGAAGAAGAAGCCUGGUGAUAAACCCAGCGUGAGGAGACCCUCGUCUAGCUCUGGCUCCGGCUACUGCUUCUCAUUGCCCUUGCUGCUUGUGUACCUGAUCCACGUCAGAAACCCGUCAUUGGGCUGGUGGUACGGGUCCAUUGUGCUUCACUCGAAAACAGGGGAGAAGAUGCCCGUGGUUUUUUUCCAUGAUGAUGAGUCUCCUCUGACCAUUCAACGCCAAAAGCUUCUCAACAAGCUGUUUGACCCUUUUGGCGAGGAUGGCCAAAUGUACUGGGGCGGGCAGGACUUUAUUCUGACUCUCAGAAGGUAUAUCAGUGUUGAAAAGCUGACGGUGGAGCCUUCAGUGUAUUUGGUGGAUCCUCUGAGUGUAGACUUGGCCAACUUUGCCCCUCUCAAGGACCAGAGCAGCAAAAUGGAACCUGCUGCUGAGUUCAAGUUGCCCAACGUCAACAAGCUAUUGGCGACGGCUAAAUGGAGAGUUUUGGAGACUGUGGCUUCUUUUGGGCAGAAGACGAAGAACCAGGUGGCUGAAAUCGUGGAUGAGCAUGUCCCUGAGGUGGUGGUGAGGCUGGUAUUGAGCAAACCUGAAGUGAAGAAGAUUAGCAACGAUUUCGACAGCGCCAGAGUGUACUUAGCCAAAUGGGCAGCGCAAGUGAAAGAAGAAGCGGAGCAGUCCCAGCGUAAGUUCAUGCUCGAGGAUACCGUCUACGAUAGAAUCAACAAGGAGCUUCGAACGGGGCUGGAGAUUUUGACUCCCGAGGAAGUUAGCAAUGCUUCGCGUAGGAAGCCAAUCAGCAAAGUCGAGUGGGAUGGUUUUUUCGACCACAACGGCCGUCUCAUUUUGACCGUUGACGAAGUGAAGUUCAGGAUCUUCCACGGUGGUUUGGAGGAGGAUGUCAGACCGGAGGCCUGGUUGUUCUUGCUUGGAGUAUACCCUUGGGAUUCUUCUUCAGAGGAGCGCAAGACCCUUCGAGAGAGCCUUGAAAGCGGGUAUCAUGACUACAAAAAGCGCUGGGUUGAGGAUGAAGACAAGCGGCAAGAUCCCUUUUGGAAAGACCAGAAGUGUCGUAUCGAGAAAGAUAUUCAUAGGUGUGAUCGCCACUUGGAACUCUUUCAAAGCAAAAAAACCUCUCCUCCAAACUUAUCUGAGGAGAUCGCGGGAGCCUUUGAGGCGCCGGAUGCUGAAAGCUCUCGUAAUGAUAGAGAAUCUCUGCCAGAGACACCUGAUGAAGACGAAGAGGAGAGCGAGUGGGACCUUGCUAAUAUUCAAAACCCUCAUUUGUUUGCUAUGCGUGAGAUUCUUUUGACUUUCAAUGAGUACAAUGUCAACUUGGGCUACGUUCAAGGGAUGACAGACUUACUUUCGCCCAUAUAUGUGAUUCUCCAGGAUGAGGUGUUGUCGUUCUGGGCAUUUACUGGUUUCAUGGAGAGAAUGGAGAGAAAUUUUGUCAGAGAUCAGAGUGGCAUGAAGCGCCAGAUGGAUGUACUCAAUGGGCUUUUGCAGUUCAUGCUUCCUGACCUCUUUAAGCAUUUAGAGAAAUGUGAGUCGACAGACUUAUUCUUCUUUUUCCGCAUGCUUCUUGUCUGGUACAAGCGGGAGUUUGAGUGGAAUGAUGUGUUGACCUUGUGGGAAGUUCUCUUCACCGACUACUACAGCAGUCAGUUCCACUUGUUCUUCGCAUUGUCAGUGCUUUCCGACAACAAACGAAUCAUCAUGCAGAACUUGAAACGGUUUGACGAAGUUUUGAAGUACAUGAAUGACCUCUCGGGUAAGAUGAAUCUCAAUGAUCUAUUAAUUCGUGCCGAGUUAUUAUUCCUUCGCUUCAAGCGGAUGAUAGCUCUUAUUGAUAGAGAAAACCAGCAACUGAACGUCAGUGGAGAGCUCUAUGAGGUGCGAGUAAACCCUGAUCUACGUGAAUUGCUUAGUCGUGAUCUCGUGAUCCAAAAGGAAAGUGAAAGACCUGAGGGUGUGGGCGGCGGGUAA